GACGAGAUCAGUGCUCGAACAGGCGUGGAGUCCUGCGGUCCGUCCAGCCUGCCAGCAAAGCGACGGGCGUUUUGUUUACGUUUUAGCGUUCGUAUUUCCGACCCUCCCGCGAGAGGAAAUUCAUGUGAUUCCGUUUAUUUUUGGUGUGGAAAGUUUGGUUUUUCAAAAUUUCGCGUUGACACGUCUGUUUUAGUUGCUUCUCCGUUUGCGCAGGGAGUUUGAAGCAUGUGAACUGUUUGUGUUGUGUGCACUGAAAUUGUUGGAUCAUGAGAACGUGAUUUUCCCCGGACUAUUGGAUCUAUCCCGAGCGUAUCGACAAAAGUAAAAGAUGUUGAACCGGGGGAUGGGGAAAUGGAUUUGGCUUGGAGUGCUGUGCUGCGGGAUAGCCGGAAGCGGAGGACAGAGCAACUACGCGGACCUGGGCAACAGCAUUGAAUUUCCCUCGCCGGCCGAUGGACUCCCCGAUUCGACUGUUCUCGAUGGCAGGGUCACCCGACUCGAUGACCUCUCGCCAAUCAUCGCCCUCAACAGGACCAAAGCUGCCCUCAACUGCGCCGCAGGAUUCAUGCAGGUCGAGUUGAGGUUCGACGAACCAUUUUAUGGUAUCGUAUACGCCGAUUUCGAUCGAGCCAGCGCGUGCAAAACCGCUGGUAGAGGAACAAACUCAACGCGGAUCGAACUCCCGCUCAAAGGAUGUGGAACAAAACAGGAUCCGCAAAGAGUUUUCACGAACAACAUCGUGGUUCGAUUCCAUCCAGGCUUGGAAAUGGAUGGAGAUGAAGUAAUCACGAUCGUCUGUCGCUACCCUCCUCCGAUAGCGCCCCCUCCUGCAGGAGUUCCAGCUCCAAUUAUCGAGACACCACCGUCAAUCCCUCUGGGGCCGCCUCUGAAAGGCUUCCAAAUUCUACUUAUAAUCUGUGGAAUCUUGUUCCUCUCACUGGUGCUGCUAGGUCUGGGCAUGUCUUACUACUGCUUGAAGAACCAGCGCGUGCGAGUCGUGCGCCGUCACCCGCUCUCCAUGGGCACCGGCUCGGACAUCACCAAACUCUCCGGCUCCAGCAUCGGCAACAUCUCCAUGUUCGAGGGCCUCAAGAUCCCCAGGGCCCACGCCGCAGCCACCGCCGGAAGCACCUCCGGCUCGGAAGCAGCCCUCAUCUCCGGCCCGGACACCAUCCCCUCGGACUACCCCUCCGAGUCCCCCAGCUCCGCCCACUCGGAAGUCGAAGACGUCGACACCAGAAGCUUCCGCCGCUCGGUCAGCUCCGGAGGCUCCUACGAUAACAAAGGCUACGUCCAGGAGGUCUCGAGCUUCUACUCGGAGAACUACGGUCAGUUCAGCGAGACGGAGGUGGCCAUGAUCCCGCCCGCCGAGCCCAAGUUCGACGUCCAGCUCCGCGUCAAGCGGGCGCCGCCUCCACCGCCCACCCCUACCCCGCCACCCUCAGACUCAGAGGCAAGCGUCCGCCUCGAGAGGAACCUCACCACCAUCUUGGAGCGCGAGGAGAGCUUCCGCUCGGAGGCCGCCCAAGACAUGAAGACGACUUUCACCUUCGUCCCAGAGCUCCAUCCGCCUCCACGUAUCGCCACCCCCGAGCCGCAGCCCAUCUACUCGAAAAUACUACGCCGACCGCCCGGUCAGAAAGUCGUGCCGCUCCCGGAAACGACCUCCCACUACCGGACGGAGGAGCACAUCGACAUCGAGCGCCGUGCACCAGUGACCGAGAUCACCGACUCGAGGUACACGUCGGAGAUCAUGGAGAGGAUCCAGAAGAAGCGGUCUCCGCCGCCUCCGCCGGUGACCAGCGAGACGUACCGCAGCGAGCUGGACAUCCAGUCCACCGAGCUGAUCGAAGCCCCGGUCAUCCCGACGCGGAAGCCGGAGAUAACGUCGCACGUCGUCGACGACGUCUUCCUGCGGACCAUCACCGAGAAGAAGACGAUCGAGGACAUCGAGCGUCAUCGCCGGCAGGUGACCGAGUACCACACGCGCCCCGCCCCGCCGCCGAUCAACUGGGACGUCACCAUCCGCAACUACCCCGACCCGAACGCUCGCCCGCCCUCCGUCGACGACACCACCACCGACUGGGACUCCUACUCCGAGACCUCCUCCGCCGCCGGGUUCCCGACCACCCCGAAAUCCGAGCGCCAUCUAGCACCCUACACCUCCAAGCACCACCGCUCCGAGAUCGAGAUCGACCGCCACUACUUGAGCACCCUCGACAUCCCCAUGCCGCAACCGCCGCCCACCAACUGGGACGUCUUGGUCAGAGUUCUGGAACCACCGCCGACCAUGGAGCCGUCCACCAGCGAAGAGCGCACCUACAGGGUUGAGCAGAACCUCACGCUAGAGGACAGGAAGAAGUGGCGCGAGAUCAUCACGACCGAAUCGACGCUCCGGACACUCCUGACCGAGGCCACGGUGAGGGAGGACUACGAGCGGAUCCGCAAAGACCAGAAAUACGAGCGGCUGUUCGAGCCGGAGAAGUGGGACAUCAUCAUCCGGGUUCUGGCGCCGGAGAAGCCGUCGUACGACCAGAAGGGCAACGGGGCCUCGAACCGGUACCGCCGGAAGCAGGACUGGGACACGCGCAGCAGGCGGAGCUCCCUGCCGACUCUUUACGAAUACGACUCCGACGGUGGCUCCUCCAUACGGACCCUGAUGGCCGAUCUCCGGCAUGGAGAUCCCUCGGGUCGAUCCCGAAGAACCUCCAGGUCCAGCCUCCGGUCGGACGUCAUCGACGUGCGCUCCAUGAGCGAGAUGACGGUGGACUUUGCCAAGCCCGAGCACAUCGACUCGAUGAGCGAUGGGAGCUCCUAUUACCGGCCACGGCGGUUCUACGACGACGCCGUUGGUGACGACGAGGAAGGAAGCCUCGUGCGAUCUGCUAGUCAGCCCUCCCUGGCGCGCUCUGCCUCCGAGUUCACCGAGCACUGGGGCCUCCGCCGCAGUUGGGACGUCGACAGCCCCGGACACUCGCCCCGGUCGUCGACGAGGUCCUCCAGGGAUCGACACACCCGCGUCGAGUCCUCCUACCAACACCAGCAGCAGAGGGGAUGGUUCGACAGUGUGCCCGAGCCCAGGUACAAGUGAGACCGCCCCCGCGAUCAAGUCUGGUAGAUUCGCGUCAUGAUUUUAAACUUCACCACGAUAGAUUAUCCCGAUAGAGUCGCCCUCAAAACAGUGCUCUAAAACAUGCAUUAUUGAGUUCGCAUUUGGCAAUAUUUAAACUACUGAUACAAUGGUCGAGGUGGGGUAAAUAUUUCGAAUGCCGCGCUUGAUGAGUUUCGGUGAAAAUUACAGGAGCUGACGAUUUUAGGUAAAAAUUUCCCUUUUGGCGGGUACUGACAGAGUUACUUUUUAAGUAUCUAAAAUUUAAUUUCGACAAUUUCUCAAAGAAGUAUUCCGGGCCUAGCAUUCAAAAUCUGGUGAUAGCAGAUUAUUUAAAAAAUCAAAGGGAAUUUCUGAAAAAAUUCAAAUGUUUUCUUCUAGGAUAAAAUUUUUGAAAGCGACUCUUUUCUCACGCAAAGUAACAAUUAUCGGGUAAGAUGUACCCGCUCGUAAAAUUUUAAGGAGUAUCACUUCUUUAUAUUCUUUAUAUUCCUUGAAUGAUAAGUCUAUCGUUGGUGAAUUUUCAAAAUCAUCCAUGAAUAGUGACGCUGAAUCCACCUGCGAAUUGUAUUAGACGCUUUUGGAGCAUAUCUGAUCAAUCUCGAAGGAUUUUUGAUUCAGCGAAAAUAAGGAUAAAUAAAUAUCCAGCCUUGAGAGGGAAAUCCAAGGUAUGGGUCCAUAUGCUCAAAUCAAAAUAUAUUUUUGUUUUUCUUUCCUCUUUUAAAUUUUAAAGGACCAUAGAAGAAAGAAUAUCCUUGAAAUGAAACAGCAUUGUACAAGUUUACUUAACUGAGUAUGUAAGGCAGCGCGAAGUUGAGAACAGCAGAUGAACAUCGAUUUUAAGAGUUUGCAGAUUAACAUUUCUGAUUUUGUGAUAGAGUGAAUAUCAUUUUUAGGACUUUCUAGAAGUGAGGAAAUACUUUAAAAGGAGGACCUCUGUAAAUUUGCAGUCUGCACCUUGUCGAUGAUUUUCAGCUACCUCAGAAUGGACGAGCGUGCUUUUUCUAAUUUUAACUUUACAAAUGAAAUUGUAAGCAGAGGGCUGAUUAUUGAAAUUGAUAGAUAAAGCUAUAGACAAAGAAGACAUAAAGAGCAUGGAGCGAUCCUCUUGGUUGAGACGGGUGCUUCUCAUAGAUUUAGGGGGAAAUGACGGACUAACUGUCGGGUCCCUCGUCGGUUGCUGUUACUUAGUCUAUUACUUAUCUCCUCUGUCUAAUCCAACCACCGAUUUUAACCAAAUUGAUAGCUUCAUUUUUCCGCUGUCUCCUAUGUCUAUCACUUUGUCUAUUAACUUCAAUAAUCAGCCCGCAGUGCAUGAUACAGAGCUUUUUUGAGAGUAUCUCGCUCUUUUGCGACAUGGUUUAAAAUUUAAAACAUUUUAAAUGCUCUUAUUUUUAAACAUGUUUUGAACUAGGGUGUAAUUUAGAGGAUUGUGCAUACCUAAAAUAACACAGUGAAGAAUGAAAAAAAAACCCCAUCCCAUGUGGUCAUAAUCUCUUGGUACGACUUAUAUAAGAAGUGAAGUGGUUGUACAAGGCUCACUAUUUUACGGACUAGUUAGGUUAAAUUUGCAGGUUAAAUUUUUCUCGGUGCUACUGUGUGGAAAAUUAUUUGAAUAUCAACCCUCAAGAUUGUUUUUUUUAGUGCAAGGAAGCAUAUCUAAGUGUCAGUUCAAAAAAACUAGAGGUUUUCCCCUCAAAAUCGCCUCUCUCAAUGUUUCACCUAUAUGCAGUCAUUCUAAAUGGUAUUUUAAGAUUGUUUUCACUUUGCUGCUCCCGAUGGCGAAAAUAGAAAAAUAGAUAGAGAAAUAGAGUUGACACUGUUCCAUGUUCUAAUUUAAGAAAUUGCCGGUGAUCAUUUUUUACCAUUAAGUAGUAAAGCAGUUUUGAUCGAGACUGAAUUAUUUGUGUUUAAUCCAUGAAUUGUUUGAAAUACUAUGAAUCGAAAAGGGAGACUCAGAUGAGUCCCUUAAAUAGUUGCAACAAUAGAGAGAAAAUAAAGGACUAAUUAUAACAGUGCUAGUGCUUAUCACGUAUCGAAAGUCAUUGUAUGUCUAUUGUCUCAUCAACAAUUUUAGAGCACUCAUCCUUGGGAACAACAUAUUUUUAGCAACCGUUUUUCCCACUCGAUUUCAACGCCAGAAAGUCCGUCCGCUAAAAGAAAGAAAAUUAUGCAAGCUUAUGGUUAAAUGUCUCAAAAAUAGUGAUUUAUUGUUUGAUCUCCUCGUAGCAUACCUACUGCCGAAAUCAUUGGAUUUUCUUACGUUAACUGUAUUUCUAUGAUGCUUGAGAACGAUAUCACGUAGAUAUAAGCUUUCCUUCGAAAAACUGCCGUUUCUUAAUCUCACGUACCUAACUGGUGAUAUCGAUUGCACUGUUACUUAUCCAUGGUUCAAUUCUCAUCAAAACCCAGGCAAUUUUGUUAGCAAUUCAAAAAGAGAAAUCUGUUGCCAUCGGAACUGCCGCGCCGUUCCCUAGUUUUAAGAUACGCUCACAGCAAUAUUUUAAAAUAUUUGAUAAUCAUUCUUAAAUUUGAUAAACCUAAUGUGCCAAACUAACACAGUAAUGUAGGUUAAGGUAAUCUAAUGAAAGUACUAGUUUUAACCUUGAUCUUGAUAUUGAAAUUUUCGAUUUUCCUUCAAAAAGUCGAAUAGAAAAUUAUUUUUGUAAAUAUGCGAUUUUCGUCUCUGACGUAGAAAAUGAAUGUGUGUUUUUUACUUUAUUUUUCCCCCUUAACUUUUGUGCAAUAUCUCAAGGAUCUAUGCAGUGGGUUAGUCAAUAUUUAAGCCACAGUGUCCUCUUAUUAAGCGUCCAGUCCGGUGUGAAACUUCUUAAAAGCAUUGUUUGAAUUUGUUUCACAAAAAAAUUUAGUAUUUUAUUUUUUAAGAACUUUUUGGGAAAGACACGAACACAUACACGCGACGUACACUGUGGUUGUAAGUUUACUUACCCAAGCAGAUACAUCAAUUCCGUCAUUAUGUUAUAAUUAUUUGAAUUGUAUUGUGGCAACUAAACCGAUCGCUCAGAAGAGCCCAUUUUUUUUCAAAGGAAAAUUUGAAUAUUUCGAAAAGGCCUGCAGUAUGUGAAUCCCAACAUAUUUCGGAUCUCCACCUUUGCAGGUAUGAUCAAGUUUCUUUUCGAAAAAUAGGUAUGGGCUCAAAUGAUAGUUUCCUUCCUUUUAGUUGAUAUCAUACCAGUGAUUUGUUCUUUUAUCCUAGCAUUUCAUCAACCUGUCAUUUUUCUUUUAUUUUUGAAAUUCUAAAUAAAACAAUAACAAAAUCUCACUUA